AUGGCGAUUUCAUACGCAAGUGGCCUCCCAGCCGAUCACACCCAGGCCCUGCCCUCAUUCCGCGAGUUACUACCACCGCAUCUGCACGAUGAGAUCGAAUCCACCUCCUACUUCAUGUCGCGCCAGAAUGCGCGGGAUCGGCCUGGGUCCGCCCACCAUGACCUGACCUCAACCCCCCAUCGCAUGCCGCAUUCUUCAGCCCCCAAGCUACCCUUGGGGGAAGCGCCCCCGAGGCUGCCGGCGAACGCGCCGCAGACCCCCAAUUCCAAUCCCCGCUUCGCCUCCCGCGGCCCCAGCCCGAUCCUGCCGCCCAUUCGCGACCUGCAGUCUCUCCCGGACCGCAGCAUGGGCGCUGCCUCGACCGCCCCAUUCCCCGACGCGCGAGGCAUCGCUCGCCCCGACUCGUUCCCGGCCCCGGACUUUCGCAGCGCCCACGGCUACGCGGCGGGCCCGCUGGCCGAUCGACGAGCGGCCGAGGCGUAUGCGGCCAACGGCGGUCCGGCCGUCAUGCACAACCAGGCGCCCUUUCCCUACCCGGGCAUGGCGUACCCCAGCGACGGCGGCGAGCAGCUGUCCCCUGCGCAGCAGUCGAACUUUGGCAUCAUGGGGGACGCGGCCGAUUCGAAGAAUAAGCGGCGCCGCGGCAACCUCCCCAAGCCGGUCACCGAUAUUCUCCGCGCCUGGUUCCACGAGCAUCUCGACCACCCCUACCCCAGCGAGGAGGACAAGCAGAUGUUCAUGACGCGCACGGGUCUGACGAUCAGCCAGAUCAGUAAUUGGUUCAUCAAUGCGAGACGGCGCCAGCUGCCGGCGCUGCGGAACCAGAUGCGCAACGGCGGUGCCGACCUCGACGCGCAACGCCAGUCGCCGUUUAGCGACGUGGACCAGACGUCUGAGUCGAUGCCUUCGCCGCAUCAACUCGCCUCCCGGCCUUGA